AUAUUCAGACUGAAGGAUUGCAAGCAACAACAAGACUCUUUCUCUGAUUUUGCAAAGAAAAGUGAGAGCAGAUUAGAUUAAAUUGCAGAACAGAAAAUCUACAGUCAACAUAGAUCAUAUUAAAUACAUUCUUCAAGUGCAGUGGAUCUAACUCAGCUGCAAAAUGCAAGCUGUUGCUCAGUGUUCAGUGUGCACCAGCCGGGCUGCUGGAGGACUUCUGCGAAAACAGACCGACUUUUCACUGCUGCGGACCAACAAGAGUGCUCUCAGGAGAGGAGCAGCCUGCAUCCGUCUCCUAAGCAUUUCUGAGAGUGUGCUAUUGAGCAAAGGGGAGCCUGGAGUCCAGAAAUUAGGGCAGAAACGGACAGAUACUGCACACAGAGGGCCUUUGAGUGUUGCACAUGGGCUUGCUGUUCCUUUUACACAGAAAAUUGAAAACCUCUCUUACGACUCCCUGAUCAUAAGAGCAGCCUCUGUGGUUACAGACAGUUCAAGUACUUUGCUCUCCCAGACCUCAUUGGCUCUCGUACAUGCCCUCACAGAUUACUCAAAGGCUGUGCAAACACGCAUCAUUGUCCAAAGACGGUAUUUAGCUUCACUGGGAAAACUGUCUCCAUCAGAGGAGGAUUCGUUUCUGGCGGCAAUCAAUGCCCAGCGUGCAGAGGCAAGUGACAGGCUACAAGAAUGCAAACUCUUUGAGACAAACUGGAUCAAUUCUGUCAAUUUGUGCAAAAUGGCAGCCGAGGCAGCACACUCUUCAGGAGCCGAUCAGGCCUCCAUCACAGUGAGGGCAAGCAUCCAGGUGGCCCAGUCCCAGGUGGGGGAGGCUCGGAAACUGGCAGUGACUGCAGAUAAGAAGUUGGCCGAGACUAAAGCAGAAGAGAUCCAAAGGAUGGCAGAAUAUGUUGCCUUUCUAGAUGGAGAGGAGCAUGAGGUGCAUGAGGCUUAUCUACGAGAGGACUAAGUGAUUCAUUCAUUCAUUGAUUUCCCUAUCAUGUCUCUAUUUAUUUUUGAGCCUGUAAGAUCUAUAUGUGUUAGGAUUUACACAAAGAAGAUCAACAUUUGACAAACUGAAUAAAAUAAGUUCUAUUAGUAAUUCUUUAAUGUUGCAUGAAUCCUUAUUUAAGACUAUUUAUUUGAUUAGUUAAUAUUAGCAGCCCUUUUCUGAUCAAUGAUGAAGUUAUGAUUAAAUUCUUCUGUAUAUAUUGGAUGGCAGUGAGGGCUUAUCCGACAUUGGAUUACAUUGUUGUUUAUUGUAUAUUUAUUGUAUUUUAAAGCUAUCGUUUCCACUAUUGUAUUUUUCCCUGUUCAUGUAAUAGAACAUUUAAAAUAAAUCUUUGAGUAUUUGAA